AUUGAUGCGACUGUCAGUUUUGUUUACUAAACAAAAUGGCUAAACGGUUUGUAAAAAGUUCUAUAAACUGGAAGGAACUAGAGAAAAGGGUUCCGCCAGAACAAAGAGGAAAGUUCUUUGCUUUUAAGGGAAGGGCUGAACUGUAUUUUCGAAGGAUGAUGUCAAAUCCUCCUCAAUCACCGAAAAUCGACUGGGAAGGUUACAAGAAAAUAGUGCCGGUGCCAGGUCUCGUGGAGAAAUUCCAAAAAGAGUAUGAAGCUUUGAAGAUUCCAUAUCCUGAGGAUAAGUACUCUUCUGAAGUCAGUAAGGAGUGGCUGGCUCUGCAACCAGAGAUCAAGAAGUAUACUGAUGAGAUGCAGGCUCAUAUGGACAAAGCAAAUGCAGAAGUAAAGAGAAUCGAAGCUUUGCCAAAGUUCGAAGACAUGACUUUAGAAGUAUUCUACGAUGUUUAUCCUGAACAAGCCAUGGACUUCGUGAAGAAGCCUUCGUUCUGGCCUCACACCCCUGACGAACAACUGGGCUACGUCGACCCCACGCAGAAAAUUGAAAAAUGAAGAAUGUUAUUUAAUCCCUAGACUUAAAAUAUAACCUGUCCGCGUUAAAUGAUUAAAAAAGUAUGUAUGUA